UAAAUAGGUAAAAGUCGUUGUGGUUUGGUGGCAAACUGUAACGAAGCCUUCACAAUUUCAUUAUUUUUCACACACUCCACACUCCACAACAUCAAACCAGGUGAACUUGUUGUCUGUCAUCAGUGUCAACAAAUCCAAGCACAGUUACUUCAGAUUACACGACAAUGAGGAAAAUUCUUUUAAUAAGCUUCCUGAUUCUUCGGGCCAGUUGUCAAACAGUUCCUGACUCCACGAAUGAGACUGCGAGAACCAACUUUCAAGGUUUCUCCACAUUUCCGCCGGUGAAGACCGCGGCUACCAAUGCCAAUACUCCAGCAAGGAACAACAUGCCACCCACCAUGGCGCCAACUCGUCGUAGAAUGCGAAUGCCAGCGAAUGGCAAUGCUGCUUCGAGACUCCCUGCCCCAACAGCGGCAAAAGCGGUACCAAAGCCCACGAGAGCGCAAACCCAGCCGAGACCGAACAAUGCUGCACCGAAACCAGCACAGCAAACCAACAAUAAGCCCGCAAUCAAACCGACGCCGGUUCCGGCAGCCGAUGUUGGUCCAAUAUCCAUCACUGCCAACGAAGAUGGCAUUACGUACAAGCCGGGGAAACUCACUCACACCCAAGCAGGACUUCGGUUGAGCCAGGGACUGUCGGCAAGGGUCAUUGCUCGGUCUGGACAGCUUGUCAACUAUACGAAUGGAAUGAGAUCAAGAGAUGUGUUUCACGGCCGUCCCGAUGCAGGAGCUUGUUUCGAAGAUACUCGUAUUUUCAACCCAGGCGGCUGGGUAUACGUAUCCAAUUCCGAAAUGAGACAGAUUGACCCGGGUGUCCAACCCGGAGAGGGUGGAGUGGGUGCCAUUACGUUUAGACGAGAUGGAGAAAUUAUCAACUAUAAGCCAGUAUUGACCAAUUCCACCUGGAACUGCGGGGGCGGGCGCACUCCAUGGAAUACAUGGGUUUCUUGCGAAGAGCAGCCAGGAGGUAAAGUCUAUCAAGUCGAUCCCUUGGGACUGAGACCUGCCGAGGUGAUGACUAUGGGGCGAGAAGGCGGCGCUUGGGAGAGCUUUACGUAUGACACACGAAACAUGUCGGAACCCCACUUUUAUCUCACGGAGGAUGCGCCUCGAGGUGCCGUCCAAAGAUUCACUCCUAAUAGAGUAGAUUGGGUGAACGACCCUUGGCAAAUGCUGCAUCGGCCUGGGAAGACUGAAUACUUGAAACUCAUCCCCAAUCAGCAAGGUACGGGUGGAAGAUACCGAUGGGUCGCUGGCCGCGUGGCUGGCAGGAACAACGCGCUUCAGUAUUAUCCAAACGUGGAGGGAAUUGACUGUGACGGCGACUCGGUCUACUUUGUAUCCAAGACACUGCAGCAACUUUUUGAAUUGAAUCUCCGGAAUGGUCGCUACUCGAACAGCUCUACAGUUCGAGGAAAAUUUGAUGGAAAACCCGAUCAAGUUGCGCGAAUUCUGGCAAACGACGACAGACCCAAGCAUAAAGAUACUUUGCUUUACUUUACAGAAGAGGGCGGCAAACAUGCGGGUGUACAUGGACGGAAUCCUGGUGGCAAGUUUGUCACAAUCUUUGAAAGCCCCGUGUACAAGACCGAAUGUGCCGGGUUGUCUUUCUCUCCGAAUGGAAAGCACAUGUAUAUUGCGUAUCAAGAUCAAGGAAUUAUGCUGGACGUGUAUCGUCGAGAUGGCCUCCCAUUUCACGCCAAGUCUCUCAAUAUCAAAUAUCACAAGAACAACAAUGGAGGAGGCGGUAGCGGCAACGCUAACACGGGAGGUGGAGGUGGAGCAGCAAAUGGAGGCGCAGCCACGACAGGCGGGGCCGGAAACAAUCGUCAAUAGCAAAACCCUGCCAGCACAAGACUAGAGAAUAUAAAUCUACUGUACAAUACUAUAGAAAGAGAAAAUGUCAACACGCGCCUCUAAUGUUACUGCUUGCUACUGUAACCGUAAUCAGUGACAGGCAUUCCCUCCCCCCUGUUGUUGCCCCCAUCCAACCGCGCUGUCCAGAGCGCUGAGUUUCCUC